ACCAUCAAGAUAUUAAACUCUAAAAUAAUAAUAAAAAACUUGAAUAAAUGAGGACGGACAUGAUAAAUAUAUAGUUGAGUUGAACAGCUGGUUGGUAGACAUCAACAAUGGCUCUCUGUGUUGUAAAUAAUGUUUGUGUUUUACAGUAUAUCAGAAACAACAAUAUUAUCAUCCGUGAAUAUACAAAAAGAAGUGUAAACCCCCGUGGUCUUAGUCAAAUGUGUUUCCCAAAAAAUUUAAUUACAACAAAGAGAAAUGACUGCUAUGGGCUGUAUGGAAGUGGCUACACCAGGGAGGAAAGUUCACUCAACAGUCCAUUUUCACCGUCAAGGAAUUUAUCAUCGCUGACCAACACAUAUCUCAGGAGGAGCUUCAGUGACGAGCUAACACCCAUUAACGUGCUGACUUUGAAAACCCCAUGUAUGGUCUUGGCCACAAGGAAUAAGUCGAAGGGGAAGAGCGGGAAGAGGGGCACGCGUGGACAAGAGGAGUUUUCAGAUGAUGACGAGAGUGAGGAUGAUGAUAUGGAGUUGGAGUCUGGAAAAGAUUUCAGGGACAUAAAAGCUCGAGUGCCGUCUCUUCGAAUGGACGCAAUUUUGAAAGCUGGGCUGGGCAUGUCCCGAAAUAAAGUGGAAGCAGCAUUUUAUGGAAGCAAAAUUCGUGUUAAUGGCAGUAAAAUAUUGAAAAAGAGCAAACAGUUACAUGAAGGAGAUGAAGUGGAUGUAGUGAAAGGACCAUCCAGCGUUAACCCAGAUUUCCUGAAUAUUUCUCGUGUUGUUAUCGUGAAGGUGGGGAAGUACGAGGAGGAUUCAGAUAAGGUUUCAGUUAAGCUUCGUAAAUAUUCACAGUUAUUAGUUGAUAAAUAUGAAGAUUAUGCAAGAGAUGAUGAAAUGGUUUGAAUACACUACUGUACAAUACUCACUUUGAGAUUUCUUAAAUGUAGAUACGUACCUCAAGUAGUGCGUUACAACCUCACACUUACAUAGACUGUUAUGAAUAUGUUUUGCUACAAUAUAUCUCUGUUAGGAAUUGUUAGUUUUCCUUUUAUUCAUAUUAGUACAGAAAAUUGUUAUUAUCUUCAUUAACAAUUCAUUAUUAAAAUUUGCAGCUAGAUAAAGUAUGACCAGAAAAUUCUGUUUAUGCAUAUUUGAUUUGUUAAUAAGUAACGUAGUUGUUUAAAGUCCAGUGUUAUUGAAUUUCUUGUAUAAAAUUUAAUUAAUAUUGUUGUCUCGGUGAUAUAGUGUACAUAAAGUUGUGAGAAAUAUUAGUGUGAACAUUGGUACAUUAACUGUUAAAGCCUAUCACUGCAAGAAUGAUAAGUUUACUGUAUGUAUGAUAAAUUAUUCAUGUUUAAUUUAUAUCUUUAACCAGCAUUACGAUAUUGAAUAAACAGUGUAAUUAAU